AACCUCACCUCUAAACUCAAAAUGGCAGACACAAGUUCCAAACGCGUCGCCGAGGUUCUUCUAGAGCCUAUAGGCUUAAAGAUUACAUCUUUCCAAGAGAUACAAUCCCUUUGGGCUGGAUACGGCCAUAUCUGCGCUCUGACCGCAAAACCAAAGGACGCCGAAACAGCUAGCAGAGUCCGCAAAUACCUGCAUGCAGCCGAGUCAAACAAUACGUUCUUUCUCAUUCUCAAGCUCAUAUCUCCUCCGCCUGGUCCAACAGACGAAGGUCACUUGCGCAAGAUUCUAAGUUACGACGUUGAGCAGUAUUUCUACGAACAUGUUGCUCCUCAAUUGGAUGACGAUGUUGCAGUAGCUCACUGUUUGACGUCGAGUUGGAAGUCGAAGCAUGAAGAUGGAGAGUUACGGGGCCUCACUGCUACCAUUCUUACAGACUUGAGAGUCAAGUUUCCGGUUGAAGGAGAGAAGAGAUCGGUUUUGAGUUCACGACAAGUUCAGUCUGCGUUGGAAUGGUUAGCCAAGUUUCACAGCAACUCAUGGAAAUCUCUACCUGCAAACUUGGAUGAGUAUCUUCUUCCGCCUCUUGAGGAGUUCAAGCGACGAGAUGCAGGUGAAGCUGGGGGAAGCAAGUUAUGGUUGAACGGAGGAUACACUUACCUUGCGACUCGACGCACAGAGUAUAAGUCUCUUGCUGGCGAUACAUACUCAGAGUGGUCAGAUGCAUUUUGUGCACCAUUUCAAGGAUCGGAUAAGUCUACUGCUGAAGUAGUAGCUGACUUCCUCACACCAACUGGUCGACCCUUCGAGACAUUUAUCCACGGCGAUGUCAAGUCUGAGAAUCUCUUUACUACCGAGUUAGGGGAUGCUGUCUGCUUCUUCGACUUUCAAUACGUCGGUCUGGGUCUGGGAGUCUGCGAUCUCGCCAAGCUAUUCACUUGCUCUGUCCCUCUCGACAUGCUAACAGACUGUCCAUCCAUUCCCGACGAAAUGGCCAUGGACCACGGUGAAAAGGCUUUAAUGUAUCUCUACCAUGAGACCUUGUUGAGCCGUCGACCUUCGGACAAAGAACCCCUGGAUUAUAAUUGGGAAACUCUCGUUCGACAUUGGGAGUGUGCUCUUGUCGAUUGGUGUCGCUUCCAAGCAUCAUGGGGAUUCUGGGGAAACACGGAGUGGCUUGAGGCGAGAGUUAGACAUAUUCUUAAAGAUGCUAAGUGGAGAGAGUGGUUGCAGAAGGAAGUUUCUGACACAGGACGGUCUUCGAGUAUAUAGAAAAUAGAUGAAUAGAUU